GUGGGGCGGCACGGAGCUCUCUGCUGCAUUACUAGUUCACGGAAGAAAAGUUAUGAAUUGCUGUGCGUUGGGAGACGACGUGUCUGCAUUUAAGGAUUUGACCAGAGAGAAACAACAGACUGAAGCAGUGGCAUCAGGGGUUGACAGACUUUGCUCAUUCUUUUUGUGUUGAUAUUUGUGUUCAUUUUGUGCAUGCUCUGUAACUUCAUCUGCUUCGAAUUAAAAGGAAAAGGAGAUUAACACUCUUUGAUAACAUUGGGUACAGAUGAGAAGUCCUGAAUCGUUAGCAACACCAGCUUACUAAAAGAAUGACAGCUACCAAAUGGGCUGCAAGAAAAUCUCAGGUGUAAGUACUUUCUUUAAAGGCAGCACUUCAGGGAGCAACUUGUGUGAAUUGAUUCUGGGACAUUAUGCCUUUGCAUUACCUUAGCCACAGUCCCUACGACUAAAUGCCCUGCUCUGAACUUGUCUGAAAGACAGCAGCCCUGCAGUAUGUGGUUAUAUGCACUAUGCAGAGUUCCCAGUUAAAUGUUAAGACUGCUGAGAAAUGAAAGUGACUGUUUAACUCCCCAGCAGACUUCACUGUCGUGUCUCAAGACUGGAACAAGAGGAUUAGACCAUGUGUAUCCCUGGUUUGGUAACUCCAGUUCUAUGGCUGCUGGUGACGGAACUGCUCAUGUCUGAGUCCUCACAAAGAGCAGGAGACAGACUCCACAUGUGCCCUGGGGUCUGCAUUUGUGCGUCAGACCUGAUGAGUUGUGUCAGUCGGAGCUUGUCCCUGGUGCCUCCUGGACUACCCGCUACCGCAACCAGUCUGGACCUCAGUCACAACAAUUUGCAUCGGCUGCAGGAUAACUGGCUGGCUCAGCUACCCCGUCUACACACACUUCGAGUUGGGCAUAAUCGCAUCCACCACAUUUCCACGGCAGCCUUCCACAAUGCCUCCCAGCUUGCUCACCUGGACCUGUCCUCCAACAAGCUGCACACAGUGGAAAAACAUUUUUUCCAGGAGCUGAUAAACCUGCAGGAGCUGCUGCUUUACAACAACCAGAUAGUGCGUGUGGACAGUGAAGCCUUGCACAGGCUCAGCAAUGUGCGGAAGGUAUACCUCAGCUGGAACCAGUUAACAGAUUUCCCAUUCAGUGCCUUGCAGGAGGGCAGCCUGCCUCAGCUCAAGAUAAUGGAUAUCUCAUCUAACAGGCUCUCUUCCAUCCCUGUUGACAAGGUGACUGCAUUGCCUCAGACCAUUAAAAACGGCCUUUACCUGCACAACAACCCUUUCAUGUGUGACUGCACUCUGUACAAUAUGUUCCUGCACUGGGAGAACAAUGGCUUUAAUUCUGUUCACGAUUUCCGAGAAGAGCACACUUGCCUGGCCCUUAGACAGCCCAAGGCCAUCCUCCGCUUCCUGAAGCACCGCAAGAUGUUUGAAAACUGUACCUUACCAUAUGGUCUGAUCAAUAUGGUGGAUGACAGCUUCAGGGGAGUGGUGGGGGAAUCGCUGAUGAUUAGCUGCAACACCAGCUUGCAGGAUGCACAGACAACUUACCAGUGGAUCUCACCAAACAGAGAACUCAUCAUGUAUACCAACAGUGUUAACAAGACAUUUCAACUCUACUCCAAUGGCAGCUUGGAGAUCCGCAAGGCCCAAAAAGAGCAUUCUGGUGUAUACACAUGCCUUGCAAAGAACAAGCGGCUGAUGCGCAAUGAGUCCCGAGAGGUCAAUGUGACUGUGCAUUACGAAAAACAUGAUGCGGAGGGCUUCAACACAGGUCUCACCACACUUCUCGGCUGUGUGGUGAGCCUGGUCCUGGUGCUCAUGUACUUGUACUUGACUCCAUGCCGCUGCUGGUGUAGACCAGCACAAGCUCCCUCCCUGCCAAAUGAGUGCAGUGCCCAGUCUUCCAUUCUGACUGCCACCCCACCCUGCAACGAAGACACUGGCCGCAAAGCCAGCAGUGGCAAACAUGUGGUGUUCCUGGAGCCAGUAAAGGACAGCCAGAAUGGAAAGAUUCGCCUUGCAGUAAGCGAGGAGUUCCCAGAGGUCAAAAAUCCCAAAAUCCUGCAGCUGAAGACGGACUCGGAUUCCACCAGUUCCAUCUUUUCAGACACUUCGAUUACGCAAUAGACUCAAAAGGUGAAGGAACAUCAGGUGCUUCAGAACAGGAAGCAUUUCUAAAAAGUACAUACAUCCUGAGUUGAUGGUCCAAUGAGAAUAACAGAGGGAUGUAAUACUCUAGUACUCUUUACAAAGAGCAGAAUGUACUGUUGACAGUUUACAAGUAAUUCUUCCCAUGACCACUUAAUGGAAAAGCAAUACCCUACAGUGGGAAAGCUGAUUAUAGCUCUUCGUUCAUAUCACACAUGCUGAAGUAUGGAUCUCCACUUUCAUCUCGCUGUCUUGCGUUUGGCAUUGGAUUGUUCCCAGGCAAUCACCAGGACAAGUCAUUAUUAAAAAGCAAUGAUGGGUGAGGCUGGGAGAUUGAAUCAUGAGUUUUUAAUGAAGGAAAUGACUAUUCUUCAACUAUAUUGUGUCCUUAGUACAUGUGUAUACUGUAUUUAACAAACACUCUCAGAGCCAUUUCAUGUUUGCUGCAAUGAUGUAAUCC